AUUUGGAAGGUGCAUGACGAAAUGGUUGGUAGUACACGCAAGCGGUCUUCAUGCAGCUUUCCGAAGCUGUACCACCAUAACCUGACCAUAACCACAUCCCUCAAUCGAGAUGUUCGUUCAAUCUUUAGCUAACAAUAAUUGAUGCGGCAUGAUACCAGCACAACAUAUCUAGAAAGCCUCACUAAAAGGAGAUCAUAUAACAUAUCCAAGAUUGACGAUGUUAAAUCGCGAUACAUCACAGAGCCAUCCCAUGCGAUUGGCGAGGGGGAUUUGGCCCCCAGUGUCCCGCCCAUCGGCUGAAAAAACGACCAGGGUACGAUGGCAUAAGCAUACUCUUAUACCAUGGCGAGCGAGGCUGAGUACGCAAGAAAAAAAAAUUACUUAAAGGUUCAUACUCAAUAUUUUUGAUACCAUAUGGCUCCCUUUAUGGCAUUAGCUGCCUGAUCUACAGUAGUCGACUUUCUAAUAGACCACUGACGCGAUGGAGAACCAACAAGCGACGGAGAAGAAACCAUCCGGGGGGGAGGCGUCGAUGAAAGAAAUUUGGGAUGAGGCAGCCAAGGCGUUCAAGGAGAUAUGUGGCGAAUCGUUGCAGAGAGGCGAUAUAACGGGAUUUCAUGAUGUGCAGAUGAAGAUUGAGGGCAUCAGCAAGGUAUCAUAUGGAGUCGAUGACGCAGAACAGAGAGACAAGUGGGAUAAGGCCAAGAGUGUGGGACUCGACUCGCUUCAGUACCUAAAAUUGCUUGUCGGUGUUGCUUCCCAGGCUUCUUCGGUUAUCCCCAUUCCUGCCUCGGCUGCUAACAUCGCUAGCAGUGCCCUAUGCUUCGUUUUUGAUAUUCCCCAGGCUAUCAAAGGUUACAACGACGCCAUCAAUCAGGUCUUUGGUGAGGUAUCUUCAGCGCUCUCCCAAUUCCACAUCUACACGUCGAUACAAAACAUCAACCCCGAGCUCAUUCAGAGAAUCCAUCUUGUCAUGGUUAGCUUCGUCAAGCUCUGCGCUCACGUCGUCAACUAUCGCCAAGGCCGCAAACGGGACCGCCUCUUGCGACAGAUCAAGUCUAUUUUCGACGACGACUCAGGCUUGGGCGAUGAGAUGACUAAAUUCAAGCAGGCAUUGCAGCAGCAGCGUGACGUUGAAGGAACCGUCACGCUCGCGGUGGUGGUCAAGACACAGCAGGACGUUGCGAUGGUCCUGGAGCAAUCGGUCAUUUUUGGAAAGACGGUCGACGAGACUCACCAAUUAGUACAGGAGACCCAGAAGGACGUGCAAUCCUUCAAGGACGACGCUAACCGCAGCAAGACGCUCAUCAAGAUCCGCGACGCACUCGGCGUUUGGGCAACGGUGCGACUCGAUACUAACACCACGCAGACAUGCACCGAUAUCUACGAAAGGUGCCACAACCGCACAGGAUCCUGGAUCUGGAUGCACGAUGCUUACACCGCAUGGACAGUGCCCAACAAAGAUAAGAAAACAUCGCACAUUCUCAUCUUGUCCGGACCCCCGUCGUCGGGUAAGACCUCUGCGAGUGCUCUUAUUACAAAGCGCCUGGAGGAGCAAAAGGGGCGGACAUAUGUGGCGCAUUACUUCUUUCCCCCUAGCACCAAAAAGUCUGACGACGAGAAAACUUCCCCCGUGCACUCAGCCUUAAAGUACAUGGCGUUCCAGAUCGCCCGCGUCGACGUCACCGUACAAAAACCGCUCGGCAAAGUGUGCGAUAUUGGGCCCGGCGUAUUUCGUCGCUCGACGAGUCUCGAGACUCUGGAUGCACUAUGGGGGGAACUUAAAAUUGGGACACCUGGGUUGGGCACCACAUAUUACCUCGUAUUCGAUGGGCUCGAGAAUCUGCCCGACAAGCAGACCGAGAUUCUACUCAAGUUCGUUUUUGGCUCCAAGCUAGCUCAGGAGUCCGCUGGGCGCGUGCGCAUUCUGGUGAGUGGGACGGACGACUACUUCGUCAGCAGGGCGGGAGGUGCCAAUACUAGUAGCGCACUAAGAAUCCGGAUGGAGGAGCACAACAGACCGGAUAUGCGCAUCAUCGUCGAUGAGGAGCUCACCAAGCGGGGCUUGCUAGAACACGCGAAGUCCGGCUCCGAGCAACAGAGAGCGCGGGACAAAAUCAUCGAAAAGUUGCCGCAGAGUGUUAACGGAAGUUAUUCCCACUUGAAAUUUGCACUCGAAGACGUAGUCCGCCUGCUGAGUACACGCACUGCGGCUCGGGAACUUGAUCGUUUGCUAGACCAACCGAUAAGCAGCCACGAAGCAGCCAUCAAGAAUCUUCAACGGUCGCUAACAGCGGAGGAGAUCGGCGAGCUGAACGAGCUGUUGAAAUGGGUAUUGUUUUGCAACGAGCCUAUGACGUUGGACCAGCUCGAGGCCGCGAUGUACCUCUACUCCGGCACGGAGUCUCUCGCGUCGCUACAGUUCAUCGUCAAGAACAAAUACUCCGCCGUACUAAAGCUAGAAAAAGGCUAUGUAUAUGGUCAAGAUGGUGUCAAGGACUAUCUGCAAAAAGAUAAAGACAUCUCGGACAAAUCGUCACACUCCAAAGGCCGUUCCACUAUUAGUAUGACCAUCACUAUCAACAACGUGGAUCAGGAACUCUGUGGGCAUUUCCUUUGGGACCUUGCUCACAAGGCGAUCCGGGACAAGUUCAAAUUUGACUUCGACGCGGGCUCUCCCAACAGUGCCCUACACAGUAGCAACCAAGCCGCCAUUAGAGUAGAUGAGUUCGAGGCUCAUCACACUAUUGUUACUCGCGCAUUCGAGUACCUGGACAGAGAGUGUAAGGAUCAGACCAGGGCGAUCGGGAAUUACUUAGUCGGUUGGUUGCCGCACCACCUGGGCCGGCUGCGCGAGCUUGAGGACGAGGAAAAGGGGGCCUUAACACCGGGCGAGCAAAUGGAGAUUGGUCAAAACUUAUACAAGUUGUUCAAGGAUAGAAAGGUGUUUUUACGCCACAAGACAAGUUUCGAGGAGACGAUAUGGUAUGUUGAGGAGAUGGAGGGAUUGCAGAAAUGGCUUAUGGACUCGGCUGUUGUGCGAAGGCUGGACAAGAAGUGGCGAGACGAAGUGCGACUACCUAUUAGCCCAACACGGAGCUUUAUGAAGGAAUUCGUGAAAGUGGUCGUCGAAGCUCUACUCAGGGAGAGGUGCUGGGACGUCGAGUACGCUUAUUUUUGGAUAAGGGAGUUUAUGGGGCUGGACAAAAAGCUUCAGCAGACACCCGAACGUCUCGAAGUUGACGAGGAAAAGUCGUCUGGACCUACCGGCUUCUCCUCUGUCCACGACUCUGAUGAAAUUGACUGGGAAGGCUUGAGCGCCUGGUGCCAGAACUUCCUGGGACUUCCGGACGCAGAGCUAAACUCACUGUGGUACGAGCGCCUCGCUGAAACUUUGUCCACGCAGAGCUGCAAGGCCUGCACAGUCUUGUCACUUUACGAGCGUGCUAUCGAAAUGGGAAAUCCUAGCUGGCUAUGUCAUCGUGGCUUGGGGAAAACGCACUUUACUGAGCGCCGAAUACAGAAGGCCGUCGCGCAUGGGGAGCUGGCGUUGAAAGAGGCGGAACAAGAGGGUGCUACACCCAAGCCAAAAGCAAAGGAUAUUGUGGAGUUGCAUCUACUCUUGGGCUUAUAUUUAUACGAGGCGAACAACAUGCAGAAGGCGGCAGAGCACUACUUAUUUGCGUGCGAGAGCGAGGUCCCAGUACAGGCCAGGGAGGGACAGCUAGGUUAUCUGAAAGCUGGACUAAAUGUCCCAGAUGCAGAAGCAAAACGGCAAUUGUUAAAAAGCAUAUUAGUCAAGGGGGUUGGAAAGGGAACGAUGGCUAGCGUCCUAAAGAUGAUUGCGCGAAACGCCGAGCACGAUAUUGUCGUCUCCAAGAUGUUCACCGUGGCGAAGGAUGAUACAGACCUCUUCAGGGGAAUCAUACGCGCCAUGAAAACAGCGACGGAGAUGCCCGCGCCGAGUGAAGACGACACCGGAGAGAUAACCGAAGACAGUAUCUUCGCUGACAACGAGGCCCGCGGAGUGCUCCUCUAUGAUCAGGGAGUCGCGGCGUAUACGUACAUGUCGUCUGACGACACUAAGGCCGUUGGCGAGGCCCUGCAGCUAUGGAAGAAGAGUCGCGACCUGCUCUCGAACGUUGGCGGGCGCAACGCCCUCAUCGCACGACAGGACGCCACCGCAGCGCUAGCAAAACAUUACUUCCAAGAAAUGAUAGACGGGAACCAUCUGGACCAUACCGAUGAGUUGAUUAGGCUGACAGUGGCAGAGAUAGAUGUUCUUGUCUACUACGACGACGCGGCUGGGUUCUUGGGCACGGUGUAUGCAUUACAGGGCAAGAUGGAACAGGCUAGAGAUGUACUUGUGGGGCGGAUGAGGCAAGCAUUCCGGAUCCUCUUAGAUGAUAUACCUGAGAACGAUGCGUACGGUUUCGCGAUCAUAAUAAAGACGUUGGAGCACUGCCAGGACUUCGCGAACGCGGCCUUUGCCCUAUCAUUGGGUAUUCCGGACAUCAUUACCGACGCGCUAUUCUUCGAUACCAAGGACAUUGUAAGGGACGACGUAGACAAGGAACGGCUGUCAGAUAUGGUCAAUAAGUUGGCAGGAGAAACGGUGCAGAUUGCCAAAGCCCAGAUUCCGGACGCCUCACAGCAAAUGCGACGCAUUGAAGCUGCGAAAGCGCAUGUCGAUUCUCUCAUAGCCUCCACACAGGCCAAAUCCAACGCAGAAACCAACCGUGACUGCAGCGAGGCCGAAGGAUCGGAAAUCCAAGACAACCAAGGCAAAUUAACCACUUCAGAUCCUGAGAGAACCUCUGCGCUCAACCUCCUUCGCUCGCGACUAUCUGCCCUGCAGCAGGGAUACUCGCCCGAAACGGACUCCCAGUGGGGUUGGAGCUGCGACGGGCGCACUAUAGACGGCAAACACUGCGAGAACAAGACUAGCUUUGAGCGCGAGAUGUACCACUGCAUAUACUGCACAAGCCGGGACUUCUGUGGCGACUGUCUCGCGCGGUUGCGCGCUCGCAACUCUGGCGCAGGCAUCACAGCGUGCAGCGCAGAGCAUCGGUGGUUGCGAAUCCCACAUUGGGGAGACGCUAUGUACGUCGGGCCGAAGGCGGAGAGCGUGCGAAUGCCGAAGGGAGUGAGACCUACGAAAGACGACGAGAGGAUUUUAGAGGUUUUUUAUGGCGAGGAUGGUGGUGAAGAGAUCGCGGUGGAGGCAUGGAAAGAGGCGUUGGCCCAAGAAUGGGGCAUAUCCCUCGAGGAGAUCAGGAAGGAGAUUUCUAGGCAAGCCACGCCCAACGGGGACGAGCAGGGUGAAAAGAAGAAUGAGGGAUAAACGGGCGUGGGGGAGAACAAGUCGCGUUGGAGCAGCUUGGGAACUCGCUGUAAAAUGUUGUUCCUCUUUCAACGGUCGCACAGGCACUUUGGAAAUCAACAGUCGCGGGAUUUUAUGAUAUCCUUGAAGUCUAACGAUAAUAUACUUCAAGGGAGCUCGUUCACAAUAUUCCUCAAUUACCAGCCAGUCGACGACUGGCUUUUGUUCCUCUAGAGUAUUUGUAAAAUUGCAUCGUCCUCUUUAUAAAAUGCAAUGGUUCUAAGGAGCCCUCUGG